GCCAUGGUUUUAUAUAAUGCGGUUUCUCAACAGAAGGCUAUUUUUGUACAGUCAGUACAAGCAUUUGAGAAAGAAGUCUCCAAUUUAAGAAUAAAAUCGGUGAUGUCCUUUAGGGAAAGAGUCUUUAAGGCAGUAUGCAAGGCAAAGAGCCCCUGUGUGUCAAUAAGAUAUUUGCAGCAGCAUCUUAAGGGAUCUUUAUCCCAGAAUAUCAGAAUUGAACUAGAGCAUUUGGAAAGGUUGGGAUUUGGGAAAUUGAAAGCAUUAAAGACAAGGCAAGGGAAAAAAGAUUUUUUCAUGAAGAUCCAUCCAAACUGCAUAGACGAAGAAAUUGGGGAACAUCAGAAGAUGCUGACCACCGCAGCCAUUAGUAUUGAAAAUUAUAGGACCAACUUCAAUGACGACUCAACAAUCGGAGCAGAUGUUAAGGCGUUUCUUAUGCAGAACCAUCCACAAUCGGAGAUGAUUGAAUUUCUAUGGUGAUUGGGAAGAUUGUGAAAUAUUUUUUGUUAUGCAGAAACAUACACAAUCAGAGAUGAAUGAGUUUAU